AUGGCGGCGUGCAGUGGCAGUCGACGUGCUUUUGAGAUUAUUCGCAGCAUGCCCCGUGUGGCACUCACAAAUAUCCGCGAUAACAAAGGUGCAAAUCGAGAGCCUCUCCGUCGACGUGGUGGUGCAAAGGGCAAAAAGUGUGGAAAAGGUCAUAAAGGUCAGCACCAAAGAGGAACAUUACCAAGAAUUGGAUUUGAGGGAGGAGCCACACCAUUCUAUUUAUUGAUUCCAAAGUAUCCAUACAACGAAGGGCACUCGAGGAAACGAGAGUAUCAGCCAAUUAGUCUGGAGAAGAUCCAACACCUGAUAGAUGUUGGCAGAUUGGACCCAUCCAAACCGAUAGAUGUAACCUCACUUUGUAAUGCCAGAGCUAUUGAUAUUGACAUAUACAAAAAGCAGUAUGGAAUACAGUUACGAGAAGAGGGUGCCGAUAUAUUUGAUGCUAAGGUCAAUAUUGAAGUUCAGUGGGCUUCCGAAGCUAGUAUAGCUGCCGUAGAAAGAAGAGGAGGUGUUAUAACCACAGCAUUCUAUGAUUUAUUGAGUGUCAAUGCUCUUGCAUAUCCACUCCGUUUUUUCCAAACUGGCAAACCGAUUCCCCGACGAUUGCUUCCACCUGAAGACGCUGUUCCUUACUACACUGCUGCCGAAAAUCGAGGGUACUUAGCCGAUCCAGAGAAGAUUUCUGAGGAGAGAUAUAAACUAGCACAAAAAUAUGGUUAUGUCCUGCCUGACAUCAGUAAAAAUCCAUUGUACGAGAUGUUAAUGGAGCGGAAAGAUCCAAGACAGAUCUUUUUUGGACUUGAACCAGGCUGGAUUGUUAAUCUUAAAGAUAAGGUUAUCUUAAAGACUGUUGAUGAAGAUGUACUCCAGUAUUACCGUUCAUGAUGAAUUAUACAGCAUUGUAAUUUACCAAGAGUGUGAGAGUCUUCCUUUUAGCCUAGUAUCCAUGUGGUGUUCCACUUGUGAUAAGCCACUCCACUAAUGCCUAUGUACAAGGCAGAUAUAUCUUAUUUUAUCCAUGCAGAUUUAUGCAUCCUUUACACACGCUUCUAUGUGGCAUUCCCGUCUUUGAAGGAUGACAGCCUAAAUACUGUAUAAACACAUGAUUUCAGAUGAUUAAAACUGUUUACAACCAAUUAAAUCUAUGAUUGAGAUGAUUGACAAUGUUUACAGAGACAGCAUUUUCAUUCAACCAAUCAAAUUUAUGGUCAAUAGCAAACCAUGAUGAGAUAUUGCUAGCAUUGUAGCUAGGCAUUAGUGGCAUGACAUUUAAUGAGUAAAACACUGCAUAUCUUAUAGGGUAAUCCUACAACUGUAACAGUUAAUAUUAUAUUAAAGAUCCAAGUACUA